AGGACCUUGAGCUCGAUUUCGCUAGUGGUAUAUUACCAUUUUGGGACAGACAAACAAUAUUAUUUGAGAAAAGAAUGCAAUAAUUCUCGGCGAAGUCCUCAUUUGAUAAUGAUUCUGGGCGGUCUAGAUUUGAUUCGGACGUCCUGAAGCUUGUGCAAGCCGAUCAUCCUUGUAGCAGACACCCAGCACUCCUCCCACAUGGCUGCACUGGAAAAUCAACCAUCACAAAAGCUUUCUGGUCUAACUGAGGAAAUUCUACUGCCAGAAGGUUGGAAGGAGACACUCCCCAAAGAGCAACAUCUGUGGGUCAGCAAGGCUCUCUUCACUAGAGAUGCAUCUGGGAAGUUGACGCUGACUGAACCUCUGCAGCUGUGGUGGUCUCCUCUUGGACCCCAGAUGCUAUAUUCACAGCCUCCUCCUUCACCGGACCCGUUCUUUCACAGCAGGCUGUUCCUUUGGAUGCCCUACCACAUGUGGGGAUACAGACUUCAGUGCACAAAGCCCAACUGCCGUCGCCUUGGCAACCAUUUGACGGACUGCGGGCUGUACAAGACCGUUCGGAGGGUUUUGGACCUGAGCGGGUGGUACUUCAUGGUAACAGAGUACCUGGAGUGCUGUUCCUGUAAGAAGAAAGUGGCAGGCUGGUCGCAGGAUAUUAUGGAUCAGCUGGAUCCCAUCCAUUGUGAGAAAUUUCCAGCAGUCCUGACCUACAGAUUGUCUUGCGACAAGGAGAUUGUUAGACUGAUGCGAGGUCAAACGCCAGAAAACAGUGCAACCACACUGUACCGGCACCUGCGUGUCAGGCACAAAGAGCAGUGGCUGGUCCAGUCUGCAGAGUACCUCUCUGUACUAAACAAGUUUCAAGAACCCAGCACCCUUACUGCCAGGCUGCCACAGAUGAUGCCAGUGCCUUCUCCGUCAUUGCUGUUGUCAGUAUAUGUAAAGGAUGUACUUGCACGGCUCGGAGAAAUGAAGGCCAGGGUCACUUCCAUCUAUGGCUCCAUCCUGAAAAUGGCAUACACCAAGAAGGUCACUCAGAAACAUGCUGCAGAUUCAGAUGUGUGGACCAUAAGCAUGGGGAAUGAGGUUGGUCAGGUCCUAAUGUGUGUCUUGACCCAAGCAGAAGGAGAGGGCCUGCUUCCUAUGUGCUCCGGGUUGAUGGAGCGUUACCGGCGGGCUGGGGAGGCUCCUCCAAAAGUCCUCUAUGUGGACCGUGAAUGCUGUGCCACUCUGGGUAAGGGCAAAACAGCAGCCAUGUUCCAUGAGUGGGACCAACUGGUCGUCAGACUCGACGUGUGCCAUUUUAUUCACCAAUUCGCAGCAGGUGUCACUUCAGAAAACCACACGCUGUACAGUGUCUUCAUGGGACACCUCUUCUCUUGCAUCUUUGAGUGGGAUGCAGGAGAUUUAGAAAGACUCAUAGAAUCCAAGCAGUCAGAGCUGCGACAGUCCACAGGUUUCUUAACCAGAGCACCCAGCAAGCCCACUGCCAAAGAGUUGGCAAGGCACUGCCGACACUACACACGUGGGGCUCAUGUGACCAAACAGCUCAUUGAGCAGCUGUUGAAAGACUUCAUGGGGGCUACAGACAUGAUGGGCAUCAGACUUGUGGACCAGGAAAAGAUGAUUGAGAUCUGGAGAACCCAGCGAUGCCAUCUUUCCUGUAUCCAGGAUCCUCCAGACGUGCAGCUUUAUAGGAAGGUUGGAGAGGUCACUAGAGGAGGGGUCAAUCUGCCUGUGUACAACUGUGCACGUGACUUUGCGUCCCUUGAUUCAUUCCACUGGCAUCUAAAUCACUUCAUUCCAGAGACAAGUGCAAAGGACUUGCACUUCCACGUUUACCUACUGGAGGGGCUAGUGCAAUGGAACGAGGCUCGUGCUGAAGGUGGCAAUGGACAAGGCAUCUACUAUGGUCAGCUGCAGCACUAUGUAAACCGUCUGAGUCAGAUGUUUCUUGGCUGUAAAUUGGAUGAAGAUCACACCAGCUCGAGAAAGUAUACUGGUGAGCUCAUAGGGGUGGAGUAUCUGUACUCUCAAACCAACAGAGUGUUGGAGGUGGACGAUAUUAUGGAUCCUGAUGCUCCGGAUGAGAAUGGAAGUGAUGAGGACCUGGAAGGUGAUCUGGAACAUGAGAGUUUUGAGGAUUUGCACUUUGGUGGCCUUGAGCCCUUUGAAUUCUUGGAGUUCAGCCUCAAUCCACCUCAACCUGUUCAACAACAGGCCGUGGUUCUGCAAAUGCCUUACUCCAGUCCUUCUACAUUCCAGCCAGAUCCAAUCGUGUCUUCCACAUCUGGGCCCUUAAAGGAUGACCAUACCACAGCAGACAAAUUUACUCCACAGGGCAUGUCACAGGAGGAUGAUGACGAGAAGUGCCUGGGACCUGAUGAUAUUCCUGGUUAUGACCAUGUUAUUAACUUGGCCAAUAGUUUGGUUGACUUAAGAAACCAGGGAUUUGUCAAGCAGCGAAAGGUGGAUGAGAUUGUCACUCUAUGGGACAAGCUGUCAGAGCACGACAAGGGCAAUAUCCCCUAUCUGGGUCACCAUGAAGACGGACUGCACUUUGUGACUCCUUGCAUAGAUGGUCUGCAAAGCCGCCUUGUGGAGGCCAUUUGCCUGGCUCUCAGCCGCAUUCACCCUGCCGGUCAGACCAUUGCAGGUGUUGGGGUGAACAGGUGGGCUGCCAUCCUCCGGGAUUACUGCAUGAUUAGGGACAUAGUCCUGAACAACACUGUGAUCAUGGCCCAGACGAGGAUACAGCUGUUUGACGUAAACCAGCGGACACUCUGCCAGUGGUACAACACCAGAAGACAUGGGCAAGAACAGAUGGUUUUAAACCAAUGCAUUGACCACAUGAGGGCUCCCUUGGAGGCCUCCUUACCCCUUCCUCCUGUGCUAGAGCCCCUUCAUCAUGGACCUGUAAUUAAAGUGGAGGUGGAUGCUACAGGACUGGACACGUGUGUUCAGGGCCAUCCUCUUCCAGUUCAGGAGAGCCCCAAGCCUUCUUAUGCAGCCCUCUUGCUAUCACCCCAAGAGCAAAGAACUGCUGACACCACACCUUCUAGUCCAAAGGUGCCCAGGACCACAGCGUGGCGACGGAGGAAGGCAGAGGAAGAAGCUGCCCAAAGAGGGUUACCCAUUAAGCGGCCAUGCGAACAGUAUGUCUGUAAAAAGUGUGGCAAACCAAAGACUAAAGAGUUUGGUCAUAGCCAGUUCCGUGGGGUCCACUUUUGUGCCAAAGCUGCUGGAAAGACUGUAGAGCAGUGGAUGGAAGAAAUGAGAAGUGGAAAGUAUGGACAGGAAUCAGUGACUCAACAUGUAAAUUUUUCAUUUUAACAUUUUUGUACAUUUCAAUUGUUUAUAUUGUUCAUACUAUAUAUAGAUUGUCAGUAGUAAUUUUCUGCUAUUUAUUGAUUUUCAUUGUUCUUUGUGUGAUUUUUGAAAUGGAAGUUUGUUUGAGGAUUCUGACUACGCAGGAUGUCCAUGUUUUAGGAAUGGUAGAUGGAGAGGGUGUUUUAAUGUGUAUGACUAAAAUAGUUAUUUUAGUUGUUUGGUGCUACUAAUGGUAUAGAAACAACACUUAAAGGAAUAUUUCGGGUCUAAAACAAAUUAAGCUCAAUCUACAGCAUUCGUGGCAUAAUGUUUAGUGGCUCUAAUUUGGACUUGUCUCUCCUUUUCUUAAAAAGAAGAAAAAAGAAAAAUAUGGGUUCUAGUGAGGCCCUUACUAUGGAAGUGAAUGGGGCCAAUACAUAAAUGUUAAAAUACUUACUAUUUAAAAUGUACAGCCACAAAUCAUAAUUGAUGUGCAUGUUAACAUGAUUUUUGUGUGAUAAAAUUGCUUACUAACCUUUUCUGUAAAGUUAUAAAUAUCCAAUUUUACAACUUUGUUGCCAUGAUGAUGUAAUCCUGUAAACCCUGAAACUACCAUAAAAAGGAUGAUUGAACUUUACAGCUCAAAUAAUACAGAGUUUUUACAGAAGAAUUAAUGCAAGUUCUUCAAGAGACUUUUUCGUUUUGCUCUUUUUCAUCCACUCGUGAACGAAUGGACCGUCUGCACCUUGUUUGUUGACCACUGUGUGGUUUUGGGCACAGCCAUUUCUUUUUUCACAAUUUGAAAGUCACGUGAACAAAUGGUACUCUUAUCACUGUAAUUUUAAAACUAGCGGGUUGAUGUCGCGUGUCUGAAAUCCAGUGACUCUGGUAGUGACGAUUCUCCUUGUCCAAUCAGUGAUAUGCAGGAUUUUGACGUCAAAUUUAGUAUUGGCUCGGCUUGCUUGGAACCUCGACCGAGGUGGUACUAAAAAAAGUAUCAGGUACCAUGUACUAUCCACAGUGGGAAAACCCCAAAAAGUGAGCAGAGUAGAGUUGAGUCGAGUUGUACCGUGCAGUGGAAAAGCUCCAUAUGUUAAACAGCUUUUUCUUAAUCCCUUAAACACCAUAAGAAAAUUGGCUUCAGAACUCCCGCUUUCUG